AUGGCGCUCAUGCUGUCCAGGAUCGGCACGACAGCGGCCCACGCGCCCGCGAGGUGGGAGCUGUGUCUCGCCGCCGCGCCCUCGCGCCUCGCAUCAUCGCCAAGGGGGUCGAAAAGCCGUCUCGGUCACACAACGAGCAAUGCAUUUGCCGUCUGGGCCGCACGGCGGGGCUACGCCAGCAGCAGCAGCAGCAGCAGCAGCCUCAUCACAAAGGACAAGCCCGAGGCUAAGAUCGCGGUGCUCGGCGGCGGGCUGACGGGGCUGUCGACGGCCUUGUUCCUCUCCGUCUUUGCGCCCAGGGCCAGCAUCACGCUGUACGAGGCCAAUGACCGCCUGGGCGGCUGGGUGCACACGGUCGACUCCAGGGCCGAGGACGCACAGGGGAGGCCGCACAGCGUGCGGUUUGAACGGGGCCCGAGGGUGGUGCAGCUCAAGGAGGGCGAUGCAAACUCUCGUCUCUAUGUCUUGUUGCUACACCAUCUGGGCAUCGCAGACCAGGCGUGGGCGUUGGGCCAGGAUUCGGAACUGGCGCGCCGCUACAUCUACCACCCAGACCAUCUCAUCGAUCUCACCGGCCCUUCGAAUAGUGACAACCGCCUCAUCAAAACCGCAUCAUUGGCUCGCUUCGCCGGCAGGAUGUUGAAAAACGCCCUGACAGAGCCAGCGCUCAAGGGCUUACUGCCCGCCCUCGCCCAUAUGCUUUCCAACCGGAAGCCGCUGGGCGCCGAGGAGUACUGCCAACGCCUCGUCGACAGCCAGGACGAGUCGAUCGGCAGCUGCCUGACGCGCAUCUUUGGCGGACGCAGCAGUGUGGCCGACAACCUGGCCUCGGCCAUGACACACGGCAUCUACGGCGGCGACAUUUGGAAGCUGAGCAUCCAGUCCACGCUGUUUGCCAGGGCGCAGAUGUUUCCCUACCGGCUCGACAUGCCCAAGCCAUCGAGAGAUUCCAGAUUUUCGGUGGAGAGACUGAGCGACCUGAACAUGAUGACGUUUCUUACCAAGGCCUCGUCGAGGGAAUGUGUGACGACCGGUCAGAGGCUCCUGGGCGGCUACACGGGCUUUUACGGUGGCAUGGAGGCGCUCACAGAGGCGCUGGUGCAGGCUCUGCGCAAGCGGAGCAAUGUCGAGAUAGAGACGGGUAGCUUGGUGGCCGAUGUAGCGCCGUCGCCAAGCAAUCUUGUAGAGGUCAAAACAGCAAAGUCAACGGCAACGUUUGACAAAGUCAUAUCUACGUUGUUCAGCCGGCAGCUGGCUUCAAUCACAGGUGGACUUGUCCCCGCCCUCGAAGAGAAAAAGGGCGCGUCCAUGCAUGUUGUCAACAUCUGGUUCCCCAGAUCCGGGCUGAACCAUCCGCACCACGGCUUCGGGUACCUGAUAUCAUCACAGGCCGACGUCGAACGGGGUCUGCUUGGCGUCCUCUUUGACUCUGAUCGCGAAGGAGCCGUUUGGAGGGAGUGGAAGCAACGGGCAGACGCCGUCGGCGGCAGCAAGGACGAAAAGGCCUCCUCCUCCUCCGUCGCCUAUCAGGAACCCCCAACGGGCACCAAGCUGACGGUCCUCCUGCGCGUGCCCUGGGAGAAUGAACCACCACGGAGUCCCGAACAGGCAGAAGCCAUUGCCCUUGCCCAUGUCCGCCGGCAGUUCGGCAUCGCCGCCGACGAGCCCGUCUACACCCAGGUCAGCACCGCGCGCGACUGCAUCCCGCAGCACGAGGUAGGGCACCAGGAGAGCCUGGCUGCGGCACACGCCCAACUCGAGUCCGCCUUUGGGGGCCGCCUAGCCGUCGCGGGUCCCUCUUACACCGCUCCAGGCAUCCUGCCCUCCAUCCGCGCCGCCUUUGACGUCGCCGCCAGCUGCACUGGAUUGGACGACGCCUACCGCGGACUGGCCCCCUCUGCUCCUGACCACACGCCAGCCGAAUUUGCCCUCGUUGCUGACCCGACUGUAGGUGCCACGGGACUGGGCCGCUUCGCCAACGGCAGGAGGACCAUGUGGGACGACCUCGCCAUAGUUGAUGGCGCCGUCAAGGCAGAUUAUGUGAACAUGAAGAAAGAGUCUCUGCAGCGCAUAAUUGUACCGCGGUUGCAGUUUGGCAGCUUGUCCAAGUCGUCGUAG